AUGUUCCCAGUAAUUUCCAGCCAUCGCCUUUGGUGGGGUAGGCUUCAGAGGAGUAUCUGCCUGAACCAAGCAGUGCUAAACAGGCAGCACUUACAGCAUGUGCACAUCAGAGUUGGAGACCGGGCUGAACUCAGUAGGGCCUUCACACAGAGGGAUGUGGCUAUCUUCUCAGAAUUAACAGGGGAUGUCAAUCCUGUGCAUUUGGAUGAAGAUUUUGCAAAACACACCAGAUUUGGAAAGACGAUUGUACAUGGAGUUUUGAUCAAUGGACUUAUUUCAGCUCUCCUAGGUACUAAAAUGCCAGGGCCAGGCUGUGUAUUUCUUUCCCAGGAAAUUAACUUUCCAGCCCCUUUAUAUGUUGGGGAAGUUGUUUUAGCUUCUGCAGAAGUGAAAAAGUUGAAGCGGUUCCUUGCUAUUAUUGCAGUGUCAUGUUUUGUAGUAGAAAGUAAAAAGACUGUUAUGGAAGGCUGGGUUAAAGUUAUGGUCCCAGAAGCUCCCACAUCCUGAAAUAUGUCUUUAAUGAUGCAAGUUCAGGCAUCAGUGUUACUAUUAUUGAAGAGCCUCUGAGGAAAACAGGGAUUGCUGUUCUUCACCAGGGAGGGGCUGAUAGACCCAUAAACCCACAUUGGUGGAGGGGAGCUGGUAGAGGGGUGUUCCAUUGUCCACUUAUGCAUUGGCCUUAUGCUUCACACAGACUUAAGUAUAUUUAUCAUCUGUCUAGGUUUCUAAAACUGAAAAAAUGGGAAUUCCCUGAUGGUCCAGUGGUUAGGACUCCGGGCUUUCACUGCCAUGGGUGCGAGUUCAGUCCCUGGUUGGGGAACUAAGAUCCCACAAGCUGUGUGACACAGCCAAAAAAAAACCAAAAAAAAGGUGACUAGAGGAAAUCAGAGGUGGGCUUCCUUGGUGGCACAGUGGUUAAGAAUCCGCCUGCCAAUGCAGGGUUCACGGGUUCAAGCCCUGGUCUGGGAAGAUCCCACAUGCCGUGGAGCAAGUAAGUCUGUGCGCCACAACUACUGAGCCUGCUCUCUAGAGCCUGUGAGGAACAACUACUGAGCCCACGUGCCGCAACUACUGAAGCCCGCACCUAGAGCCCGUGCUCCACAACAAGGGAUGCCACCGCAGUGAGAAGCCCGCGCACCACAACAAAGAGUAGCCCCCGCUCUCUGCAACUAGAGAAAGCCUGUGUGCAGCAACGAAGACCCAGUGCAGCCAAAAAUAAUUAAUUUAAAAAAAAAUCAUAGGUGAUUCUAAGGUUGGACAUUGUGUCCAGGCUCCCAUGAGGUGCCAUUAAAAAAAAAAAAAAAACUGAAAAAAUAUUGGGAGAGUUAUCAUUUAGCUUAAUGUUCUACUUUUAGGAUUUCAAACCUGAUUAGGUUUGCAUUUGGAUAAGGUAAACCUACCUAUAUCUGUGUAGAAUAAGUUUCUCACUGAAUUUAUAACUAGCUAGCAUUUAAUUAUUGACGGCAACGAUAGAAGAUAGGUCAUCUUUGAACACCUAUCUUUUACCAGUAAAUAUUCUUAGAUCCUGUUCUUCAGCAGUUUCUGGGUCAGAGUUGAUUGUAAUUUGUUACUGUUUACACCAAGAUGGUAAUUUGUUCAAUGUUCAGUGUCACUUGCCCUUCAGAUGGUUUUCCUGUUAUCGGAGGAGGGCUUAUGUGCAGAUUUGGACUCAGUUAUGUAAGCUCUCUUGGUCUCAUGUAUAAAACAGGGAUAAAAACACCUACCACACGGGAUUGUUGGAGGUGACAGAUACAAAUAGUUAAGCACAAAGUCUAGCUUAUAAACAGUAGCUACUACUAUUGCCCAUUCUCUUCUGUGAAUAAGGUUAGAGGUUUUCCUGAGUUUGGUGCUAACUGGCCAAAAGUUAGAGAACAGACCAGUCUUUCAGGAUGUCAGCCAAUCUCUAUUGGUAUUCUAAACUUGGAAUAGAUCUUGAAUGCAAAGCUCCUAUUUUAGUAAUCCAGAUUUUUUUAAUCUCUCCCUUGAAAAUACUGUGGGGUCCCCCCCCUUAUAUAAAUAAUAUAUGCUUUUAUUUAAAAAAUUAUAAGGUAAAACAUUUAAGGAACACUGUGGAGGCCAAGUUCUUAAGAGUUGAUGGGUAUUAGGAAAUGUGCCUAUGUGUUAUUACUAACUGGUCAUGCCCAACAUAGCCAACACUAUUAAGACAAGAAUCUGUAGUAGAACAUACAGGUGGUCCACCUGUGCUCUGUAGCUUUAGAUGGUGGCUCAGACCACAGCUAGAUGCUUUGAUCAGGAAGGUAAGAUCAGGUUUAAUUGGUUGCAUAAACCAACAUUUCCUGGAAAAAGAUUUUUUCUUUCUGCUGAUGGAUGAGUAACUAGAUUUUUUAUUUUUUUACAUCAAGGGUAUCAGAUUACUAGAAGGAAUUAUUCUAGUCACUAGAGGGCAGUGAUGUGUAUAAAUAAAGUGAGUAUUUUAAACUUUAAUACUGUACCAUACUCUAGUUUGUGUUGGUGAGAUGAAAAUACCAAAAUCAGAGUGAGAAGCAAGGAUGCCAUUAUCAUGAGUUUCAAAAUGGACAGCAUGUGCAGGUUUAGAUCCACCUGAAGAAGGUGUAUUUAUAGGUGAAACACUAUACAUGCCAAAAAUUUGAUGUGACAUUGAAAAACAAAAUGGGGAACUUGAGUCACAAAAUAGAGACUUGAAACUAAGACUGUAUACUCCUGCAGAACUCCUCCUCUGGGACUUAGCAGCAGUCCUGAAGCAUGGGUUCCGAAGUAGAGUGUAAUGUAAUCAUUAAUACUAUAAGCUACCAUUCUUUCAAUGAUAAGCCAGUUUUCUACAUUAAUUCUAAUCCUGUAAACAGUUUUAUGAAGUUAAUGUUCCAUUUUAUAGGCAGGGAAACAGACUGAUGUGGUGUGACUUGCCCAAGGUUGUACAGGUAGUAUGCAGUAGAGCUGGGAUUCAAACAGCCCUGCUUGGCUCCAGGGCAUUUUUUCCCUCACCCUGUGGGUCUUAAAAUGUUCCCAUACUGGAACACUUUCAGUUUCUAUAAUGAUAUCUUGUUAUGUGGCGGUAAAGUAUUUGGAACCACCAUUCUAUAUAAUUCUGCUUAUAUUCAGAAUGUUCUAGAUCUUAUUCCCUUGCUACAGUUGUAGUGUUUUUCCUCUUCGCUGUUGCUUGAUGGCUUCUACCCAUACCUAUUGCCUACACUUUUUCUAAGCUGACAUUCAGUGAUUAUUUGUCUUCAGAGUAGAAUUACUGAGUUAUUCUAAAAAUGAAAAAUCAUGUGCAAGUCAAGUAUGGUGGGGAGGGAUGUAUGUCAGAUCUGGCGGAUAGGUGAUUAAUACUCUAACUUAAAGUAGCUUCUCAGUAUGAGCAUUUCCUUUUUUUUUUUUUGUGCUCAGUAGAUGUCAUGGUCUUCUUUGUAAACCAGUGAUCUUUGUAAACCAAUAAAAAGUUGGAAUAGAGAAGCAGGCAAGAAGUUAGGGAUACUUCUCUGUACACGAUGACUUGUUAUUUUUACUCAGCCAAGAUUCUCAGACCUCUCAUGGUCUGUUACAGCUGACUAACAAAAACUAGCUGGUUGGCUUUUUCAUUUUGAGCUCUGUACAAGUUGCCAGAAAGAAUGACUCUUCUAAUGAAAGCAUGGGUGACCCUCAAAUCAGGAAGUCCUCUCCCAGGUAAUUGCGAAGUGGCUUUGACUGUACAGGGUCACAAGUGGAAGUGAGUACAAAAGUACUGACAUAAAAUAUGAGGCCAAAUUGUACUAGCACUUUCCACAUAGGGGCAUUGUAAGACUGCAAUUUAUGUAAUGUUUGAUUGCCACAGAAAUAUAUACCCAUCUUAAGCAAUUUCAGUCUAAUGUACUGGAAAAUUGCUUAACAGAUUUUUAUAUUCUAUUAGAAACAUUUCCAUAUUGGUGAAGUGCCACUCAUUUCUUUUUCUGAGCAGCAAAUCUGAAGUAGCAGCAGGGAGAAAGCCUCACCACAGCCACCAUUCAUCUUGUGUAUUCAGCUAGAAAAAGAAGAAACUGCUAAAUGCACAUUCGUACCUCUUAGGUAACCACAGGUUUUCAUUUUGUGCUGAAUUAUUAGUCAUUUUUCUUCUGUGUUCUCAGAGUAUGAUUAAGAGACCAAUUUACUCCCAAAGAAAAUAGCUACUAAAUUACAUCUAUUAAGUUUUUAUAUUAAAACAUACUCUACCAAAGGUUGACAGUCACUCUGAGCAGUUGUGCCACUCUGAAUGCCUCAUGUACUGGCAUAAUUUAUUAACUGGCUCUAUUUGAACAGAAUGCAAGUGCUGUGGAAUUACUCUUGGGCUGCAGUUGAAUAUCUCCAGUGUCCCAGAUGUUUCACUUCCUUUGUUCUUGGCUUUUCUUCAUAUGGAUUAUAAACACAGCAGAGACUAGAAUUCUCGACAUCUUCAGAGAAAUUUUGAGUUGGAGCAAAAUCGUAAGAAAACCCAAGACAAAUGUGGACACUACAUAAAUAGAACAGGAUUAAUAGAAGGCUCCACCAAGCCGUCGAUUUCUAGGCUAUAAUCAAUUUUUAGGGUGGCUCUUAGGUACGCCACAGUUCAUAUGACCUUAUAAACGCUGAGCAAAAUUCCUCUGUGAUGUGAUGGAAAAUAACACGUAAGGGAAGUAAGAAAGAUCAAAUGUGAGUUGUUUGAUUUAUCCAGAUCAUGAAUAUUUAAAGAAAAAUUCAUUCUGAGUUGGGAGGGGAUGCUGCUUAGGAAGCAAUGAGUUUUUCACAAGCUUCUAUAUCUUGAUUUGUAGAGCAGUUGCCAGGUCUAGAAGCAACCUCACUAAAACUCAUUAUCUUCAGUCAGUCUGGCCAAAUGUCAAGCUGUUAGAUAAACAACCUGUGGGCCAUCUAAACAUUUGGCAACAUACAAGAAUGUAAAAUUUUUUUUCCCCCUGCCAUCCCUGAGUAGUGCAUGUGGCAACAACUAAGGUACAGCAUACCUCAUUUGCUUUACCCAGCAUGAGACUGGAAGCAAAGUUGAUUUGAUUCAGAUCAGCUCUGGACUGGGGAGUUGCCCCGCCUUCAGUAUGAGCCAGUUCAAAAGCCAAAUGGAUAGCGAGACUGUCAUAGGAUUGGGGCCAGGUCUCCAGGGGAUCUAUUUAGUAUUUAUUCUGAGAGGCUUACUUUAGUCAAGAAUUUCUAGAGAAUGAGAAAGGCUAGAUUGAGAGUUAGUCUGUGGCUUCAUUUCAUCAAAUAUAUGGUUUCUCAGUUUCGUUUUCAUAGGAAGACAACAGGCUGUCACUUGAUGACCUUUGCAACUCAGUUAUAUAAUACCAUUAUUUUUCUCCUAAUCAUACAAAUAUCUUCACUAGAGACAUUUUGAAAAGUGCAAGAAAACAAAAAAAUAGCAUGAUUCCACUUGCUAGAGACCCUCAGUUAAUACUUUGGUGGGCUUCCUUCUGGUGUUUUUCCUAAAAUAUAUUUUUAAAUCUUGGGAUCAUAAAAUGUAUAUAUUGCUUUUUUCUACUUACUGUUAUAUCUAGAGCAUUUCCCAACAUCAUUCAACAUCCUUUGAUAAUCUCAUUUUUAAUCAUUGCAAAAUAUUCUGUUUAUGAUUGUACCAUGAUUUGUCCAAUCUCCUACUGUUAGAUAUUUCCUUGAGUGCUAUAUAUUUGCACUUGUCUCUGAUUAUAUCCUUAGGAUACUCUCCUGGAGGUGGGAUUACUGCGUGAGAACAUUUUCAAAGCUCUUGAUAUGUGUUGUCAAAUCCCAGUUCCUAGUGCCAGGCCUAUUACAUGCUUAAGUACUCAGUAAAUAAUUGUUGAAUGCAUAAAUGCCUUUUGGAAAGGUUGGACCAAUUUAUACUCCCACCAGCGGUAUGCGAGAAGAGCCUUGUCUUGAUCAGCCCACAUGAUAGGAAUAAUGAUUAAAGCAGAAUUUUGGUUUCUGUGAUUCUGGUAAUGAAAUAACCCAUUUGCCUUAAAGAAAUGGAAGUAAAAAGUUGAACCCUU